UUCAGUGCCAUAUUUUUUUAUUUUCCCAGGGUGCUUGUACACCUCACCCAGUUUUAUCUUGCACUAGCUCAGCGGCAGUUUUUCUUACUCCCACUUCUCAGAAGAGGGAGCUAUAGCUAGAGAAGUUGAGAUAGGGGCAAAUUCAAACGAUGCCCUGAACACGUAUUAUAUCCCAAGCAUUGUUCUAGGAGGUGGUUUAGGGAACAAAACAAAAUUUCCUGACUACCUGGGGCCUACGUCUGUGGAAGGAGGAAGACAAUAAACAAGAUAUACGGCAAGUCUUAACAAGUGUUAAGAAGAGAAAUGAAGCAUAGUGGGCUGCAGUCAGGUGACAUUCUGCAGACUUCGGACUCACCAGUGGUGUUUCAUUCUGUUUAAUGUCAUACUAUUUCAUGCUUUGCUUUUUGGGGCUGAAUUUGUGGAAGAAUACUUUCUGCAUUCUCUGCCUCCUGUAGACAUGAAAGUUCUUGAAAUUAAGGAUAAGGCAAGAAAAUUGAACAUGGAACCAGUACGAAGUAAUCCCUCUGAAUAUUAUGUCCUCAGCCAGUCAGAGGUGUGUAAAGAGAAGAAUAUUGUUUUGCUCUCUCUUAUCUUCAGUAGCCCAGAAAAUGGAACAAGACGGGACCUCAUUAGGAAAACCUGGGGUAAUGUGACUAGUGUCCAAGGGCACCUCAUUCUUACACUGUUUGCUCUAGGAAUGCCUGCUUUGGUAACUACUCAGAAAGAGAUAGACAAAGAAUCCCAUAAGAAUAAUGAUAUAAUUGAAGGAAUCUUUCUGGACAGUCCUGAGAACCAGACCCUGAAGAUCAUUGCCAUGACUCAGUGGGCUGUCACUUUUUGCCCUAAUGCUCUAUUCAUUCUCAAGGUCGAUGAAGAGAUGUUCGUCAAUCUACCAACCUUGGUCGACUAUCUUCUUAAUCUGAAAGGACAUCUUGAAGAUAUUUAUGUAGGAAGAGUUAUCCAUCAAGAUACACCCAACAGAGACCCUCAUAGCCAAGAAUUUGUCUCCCUUAGUGAGUAUCCAGAAACAUACUACCCAGAUUACUGCAGUGGUGAGGCUUUUAUAAUGUCCCAAGAAGUGGCUCGGAUGAUGUAUGUGGUUUUUAAAGAAGUACCCAUUAUGGUGCCUGCUGACGUGUUUGUAGGAAUUUGUGCAAAGACCAUUGGCCUUAAACCUAUCCACAGUUCAAGGUUUUCCGGAAAAAGGCAUAUCAGAUACAACAGAUGUUGCUAUAAGUUCAUUUUUACAUCCUCAGAAAUUAUCGAUGCUGAAAUGCCCUUAGCAUGGAAGGAAAUUAAUGAUGGGAAAGAAUGUUCACUGUUUGAGACUUACUAUGGGCUCAUUUCCUGCAAACUUCUGACAUACCUUGACAGCUUUAAACGUUUUCACAUGGGGACCAUAAAAUACGACGUUAUGUAUCUUAGUGAUUAAGAUUUCUUUGUUUUUCUUCUAAGUCUAUUAUUUUUAAAUUGCCUUCUACUCAUUAUAGAAAGCAACCCUCUGUCUUCAUGUUAUAUAUGGUUUCUCUGAAUCUUUAUUCAUAUUUAGCUUUGAUAUUCUUAGUGGUUUGAUGUACUCAAUCAUCU